AUGGAAAUAUCUGGAAGUAACAACGCCACCUUUUCUUCAAAAAAGGGGAAAGAUCGACAAUUGAAUGUUGUUUUGACCAUUCCAUCGGACUCGCACGGGAGAAAUAGAGGCCGCGCUUCAACGUUAGCUCGCUUUCCUAUUCCAUGGUAUGAAACAAAGUAUGACCACAUGACUCUUGGAGCAGCAGCUGUUGUGUGUAUUUAG